AUGACAAACACCUUUGUGACAUACAAGCUAGAGGUCCAAGAACUAGCAGACCCUAACAAAACCUGCAUUAACAACAACAUCACCUGGAUCAAUGGCUCCAUAUAUGAAAUAGCAGAGAACACAAUGGUCUUCUGUGGGUGAGUUGACACUUUUCUAUUUUAGAUUCUAUUUUACUCCUGCAUCGAGGUUGGAAAGUUAUAUUCUAUUUUAAUCUAUUCAUAUUACUGACCAUGCUGAUGCUGAAGGUCCUGAUUAUAAUAGAAUGGGUUAUGGAUCACAACAUUUUAAUAAAAAUAUAUACAAUAAACAUAUGCAUCUAUUAUUUUUACAGGGUGGAUAUUGAAGCACAGAUAACCAUGUUUGCAUAUUACUAUGUUUGUAUUGGAUUAGGAGAUUUGAUUGUUAGUUAUUUCCAAGUAAGUAGGUUCAACUUCAUACUCAAAGUGCUUUCGCUCCAUCUAGUUUUGCCACAUUAAUAGAUUCAUCCAUCUACAACUGUUAUUUUUAAACAUGUAUUCAAUCCUGCUCUGUGUAGAUUGCCAUCUGGGUGUCUGCUUCUGCCAGACAGAUCCAGAGAAUCAGGAAAAAUUACUUUAGGAAGAUAAUGAGAAUGGAGAUUGGCUAGUUUGACUGCAAUUCAGUUGGAUAAUUAAACACCAGGAUAUCAGAGUAAAACCCAUGGGUUAUUUUCUACAGAGAUGUGUGGACCAUUGAGGGCAUUCCUGAAAGAUGUUUCUAUAAAAACCUCUUACAUUUUGGGUUUGACCCAUUUUAACCGGUUCACUGUGUUGAACAUGUUCUCUCACCUCAGUGACAUUAACAAGAUCAACAAUGCUAUAGCUGACCAGGUGUCUAUCUUCAUCGAGAGGAUCUCCACUUUCAUCUUCAGCUUCAUGGUGGGGUUCAUCGGAGGAUGGAAGUUGACCCUGGUGGUCAUCGCAGUAAGCCCACUUAUAGGACUUGCUGCUGGACUAAUGGCCAUGGUGAGAUGGGUUGAAUACAAUGUAUUAAAUUCCUCUAUUUGGUGAUGGUCAUUCUGUUUUUGGAUGUAAUAGCCUCUGAGUCUGUAUGUGAGGUAGUCUCACACCACCUCUGUAUUCUCUGUGACGUUGUGAUGUGUGAAAUGUACUAUAGAUGAACCAGACAAACCAGUCUGCUUUGUCAUUGACUCCUCAGGCUGUUGCCAGACGGACAGGUCAGGAGCUCCAGGCCUAUACCAAGGCAGGGCCAGUAGCUGAUGAGGUACUGUCAUCCAUCAGAACAGUGGCAGCCUUUAGAGGAGAGGACAAGGAGGCUGAAACGUAACUUGAAAUACUGUACAGGAUCUUAAUUCGAUCACCAUGUUGUUGCAGGAAAUGCAAACUUGUAGUGUAUUCAAUGUUUAAAAAGGCUCAUAAAAUGUCAGACUUGAUUUGCCCUAACAAAAAAUGUAUCAACCCCUACAAAAAUUAAUUAUAAUCCACACAAUAAUCCUGCUGUGAGAAACUCGUCAAAUUAACCUUCCCUUCCCUUGGCACUUGAAAUUAGUUAUAAAUAUGCAUUUCACAUUUGAACAGCUAUGACAAAAACCUUAUUCAGGCUCAGAAAUGGGGUUUGAAAAAGGGACGAUCAUUGGAGUGUUUCAAGGAUACCUGUGCUGUGUCAUCUUCCUCUGCUAUGCUUUGGCAUUCUGGUACUGCUCUUAACUGGUCAUCGAAACCAAAGAUCUCUCCCCUGGUGCUGUUCUAAGACCAGGCUGAGUACUCUUAUCCAGGUAUGGUAACUCAUAUUAUCGUAUAAUAAAUAUGUAUCCAAUACAUUAUUCUACAAUUGGUGAAAAUGUAAGGAUAUGUUGGCUUGUAUUUUUGUCUCCAGGUGUUCUAUGUGGUUCUCAUGGCAGCUAUGAACCUGGGUCAGGCCUUUCCCUGCCUGGAAGCCUUCGCCUCAGGUCCAGCUGCAGCCAAGAUACCAUUGACCAGGUAAGGCCAGAAUUCUAGAAAAUACAUGAACCAAGAACAACUACAUUUCAGUUAUGAAGUAUUUUAUAAAUCUGUUAACUUUCAGGAGCCAGAAAUCUAUUGUUUCUCAGAGGAGGGCCACAAACUAGACAAGGUGAAGGGUGAUAUUGAAUUCGACGACGUCAAAUUUAACUUCCCCUCUCGACCAGAAGUUAAGGUAACCAUUUUUGCUCAGCUCUUUAUUUAUUUUACUGAAAUUCCUUCUCAAAAGAUACUGUAUCUCAAUGUAAAACCACCUGUUUAUUCAGAUUUUAGACCAUUUGAGCAUGCUGAUUAGAGCAGGAGAAACCACAGCUUUUGUUGGGCAAAGCAGAUCAGGGAAGAUAAUGUUUCUCAUUCAUAGGUGACUUUGGAUGACCAUGACAUCUGCAGUCUGAACAUCCAGUGGCUUUUCUCUCUGAUUGGCAUAACUAUCGCUGAGAACAUCCGCUACGGGCGACCUGGGGUCCCCAUGGAUGACAUCAUCCAGGCCACCAAUGAGUCUAACGUCUAUAACUUCAUCAUGGACCUCCCACAGGUACCACAGACACACAUUUAGCAAAGAAAUACUGUGUAUUACUCUGAUACUGUCUCAUACAAGAAACACAUUGAAAUGAGGAAAUAUGGUCAUACAAAGGUUUGAUACGCUGGUGGGUGAGGGUGGUGGUCAGAUGAGUGGAGGAUAGAAGCAGAGGAUAGAUAUCGCCCGUGCUCUGAUCCACAACCCCAGGAUUUUGCUGCUGGAAAUGGCUACCUUGGCUUUGGACAACGAGAGUGAGGCUGUUGUAUAGGAGGCACUUGAUAAGGUGAGUGACUCCCAGCACAAAAUCUAUCAAUCAUUAUAUCACCACAAAGUCAAAGCCUGCGAUCUCACACCCAACUGUGUGGCAGUAUCAAAAUUAAAUCAGACACAUUCCUUGCCACAGUGGAAAAUUUGAUCGAACCUCAAAGGUCAAAGGUAUUGAGGUCAUUCUAUAAGCAGCCUUGUAUUAUCAGUUUUGUGUUAUUGUACUUUAUUCAAUAUCUGAGAGAAAUGAGUGUCCCUCCUAUAUUCCCACAGCAUUCUAAGGAGGAAGCAAAGGAACCAGCACCAGUGGCUCGAAUCCUGAACUACAACACAUCAGAGUGGCCCUACAUGCUAUUGGGAUCUAUAGGAGCUGCCAUCAACGGCUCCAUUAAUCCAAUCUAUGCUAUUUUAUUCAGCCAGAUCCUUGGGGUAAGAGGCUAUGCAUUACGUACAUUCAAGCCUAUGUUUAUAAUGUAGUUUCAUAUUACCUGGGCUGGUAGUGAUACUUGUAGAUGUUGCUGUUCCAUGAAAUUAAUUUAAUUCCAUCCAUAUUGUUAUUUGGAUUCGCAGACAUUCUCUAUACGUGACUUGGAUGGACAGAGAGCGCAAAUCAAUAGAAUAUGUAUCCUGUUCUGCGCUGUGGCGGUGACAAGUUUCCUCUCUCAGUUAUCACAGGUAGCUAUGUUUUACCACACAUCAGGAUAAUUAUACUGUUACAGUCCAUAGUAAGGUGCUAACAUUCUGACGACAGGCCCUAGUGAUGUGUGUGAACACUGUUGUUCUGUUGAAGGGUCUUUGGGAAGUCUAGGGAGCUGCUGAAAUGCAGGCUAAGGAAAGGUGGGCUUCCAGGCCAUGUUGAAACAGGUGGUGGGCUGUUUGGAACAGCCCUAGAGCUCUCACCACCAGGCUGGCCACCAACGCCUCCAUGGUCCAGGGGGUGAAUGUCAGGGACAUACUGUGGACCGGUACAUUAGAAUCCAUUGAAGUUAUUUAUAACCAAUGAUGAGAUGAUUCAAAGGAGUCGUUUUUUUUAUAUUUCCUUGUGCCUCAUACUCUAUAUAUUUCCAAAUAGCUUCACAGAUCUUCAUUGUAAAGGGUUUAAACACUGUUUCCCAUGCUUGUUCAAUGAACCAUGAACAAUUAAUGAACAUGCACCUGUGGAACGGUCGUUAAGACACUAACAGCUUACAGACGGUAGGCAAUUAAGGUCACAGUUAUGAAAACUUAGGACACAAAAGAGGCCUUUCUACUGACUGAAAAACACCAAAAGAAAGAUGCCCAGGUUCCCUGCUCAUCUGCGUGAACGUGCCUUAGGCAUGCUGCAAGGAGGAAUGAGGACUGCAGAUGUGGCCAGGGCAAUAAAUUGCAAUGUCCGUACUGUGAGACGCCUAAGACAGCGCAACAGGGAGACAGGAUGGACAGCUGAUCGUCCUCGCAGACCACGUGUACAACACCUGCACAGGAUCGGUACAUCCGAACAUCACACCUGCGGGACAGGUACAGGAUGGCAACAACAACUGUCCGAGUUACACCAGGAACGCACAAUCCCUCCAUCAGUGCUCAGACUGUCCGCAAUAGGCUGAGAGAGGCUGGACUGAGGGCUUGUAGGCCUGUUGUAAGGCAGGUCCUCACCAGACAUCACCGGCAACAAUGUCGCCUAUGGGCACAAACCCACCAUCGCUGGACCAGACAGGACUAGCAAAAAGUGCUCUUCACUGACGAGUCGCAGUUUUGUCUCACCAGGGGUGAUGGUCGGAUUCACGUUUAUCGUCGAAGGAAUGAGCGUUACACCGAGGCCUGUCCUCUGGAGCGGGAUCGAUUUGGAGGUGGAGGGUCCGUCAUGGUCUGGGGCGAUGUGUCACAGCAUCAUCGGACUGAGCUUGUUGUCAUUGCAGGCAAUCUCAACGCUGUGCGUUACAGGGAAGACAUCCUCCUCCCUCAUGUGGUACCCUUCCUGCAGGCUCAUCCUGACAUGACCCUCCAGCAUGACAAUGCCACCAGCCAUACUGCUCGUUCUGUGCGUGAGUUCCUGCAAGACAGGAAUGUCAGUUUUCUGCCAUGGACCUGUUGGAUCGGAGGGUGAGGGCUAGGGUCAUUCCCCCCAGAAAUGUCCGGGAACUUGCAGGUGCCUUGGUGGAAGAGUGGGGUAACAUCUCACAGCAAGAACUGGCAAAUCUGGGGCAGUCCAUGAGGAGGAGAUGCACUGCAGUACUUAAUGCAGCUGGUGGCCACACCUGAUACUGACUGUUAUUUUUGAUUUUGACCCCCCCUUUGUUCAGGGACACAUUAUUCAAUUUCUGUUAGUCACAUGUCUGUGGAACUUGUUCAGUUUAUGUCUCAGUUUUUGAAUCUUGUUAUGUUCAUACAAAUAUUUACACAUGUUAAGUUUGCUGAAAAUAAAUGCAGUUGACAGUGAGAGGACAUUUCUUUUUUUGCUGAGUUUAGUAUUUCCUCUGCAGGCAACUUGAUCACAGAUUGAGAUGAUUGUGAACUCCUUGACCAACAUCUGAGCGUCUUUAAUCAUUGCGUUCUACAGUACUUCAGCUGUAAGUUAAGCUUGGUGGUGAUGUGCUUUUUACCACUGAUUGGCUUGUCUUGGGUCUUUCAAGCCAAAAUGCUGACAGGUUUCGCAAACAAGGAUAAGAAGGCAGUGGAAGCAGCGUGACAGGUGAGUUAAACACCCCAUUAUCAAUUAGAUAAUUCAAUAAAGGUCCCUAAAUGGGUUAUUAGAACACUUCUGUAACAUUAAGUGAGGCACUAGCCCGAGAGUAUUAUUCUCUGUAGUGAUUUAGAGACUUGAUCAUCUACCUUCUCUCCCACAGGUGUCCAGCGAAGCUCUUGCAAACUUCAGGACCAUCGCAGGGCUGGCCAAGGAGAGCACAUAUUUGAAUACAUAUAAGUCUGUCAAGAAGAAGCACAACGUCUACGGCAUCUAUUUUGCCUUUGCUCAGUGUGUUAUCUUUAUGGUGUACAGUAUGCCGCCUCAUUUAGAUAUGGCGGCUAUCUGGUCAGCUGUGAAGGAUAAACAUUACCUGGUGGUCUUCAGGUAAGUUUUUUCUGUUUUGCUGAAUGUUGUACAUGUAGUAUUUACAGUGACAUACAGAAAACCUGUGAACAGUACUGCAUAUAGGUUAACAUCACGUUUACUGUACAUUUUGAAAAACAUACCCAUUUGCGGUAAACUGUUCUAAAAGCGUACUGUAUUAUCAGACUAAUGCCAAUGUUGUGUGCGGUGGCGAUUUUAGCAUGUCAAUCUUGGUGGGGCAAACAAACCCCAAAAAUGUGGGAUAUAUGCCAGCAAAGCCACUACACAACACAACACUAAAUAAUACAUUAAUUGCACUAUAACGGUGACAAACGGUGCCCACAAACUGUUACGGCCUACAUAAAGCUGUCCGAACAGCAGAGUCCCAACAGCAGUCCCAUUAUCUUACCACUGCUACACCUGGCUAUCAGCGGAGCCUUUUUGGCAGCGAAACAGUUCAUUCAUCCUCAUUUACUGCCUUUUAAAAAAACAUAACUGAUAUAGGUGACUUGCUUAAACAAAUGUGGUUUCUACUGACAAUUGAGAUGUACAAACUAUGGCAUAAGGGGACGAAAAGCGGAUAAGAGGCAGUCCGUAAUUUUGAUUAAGAUAUUAAUGAGCGAGCUAGGACGGACGUAGUCAAUGUAACUAUUUCUUUAGCACUUUUGAAAUGUACAGCGACAGAAUUCAGAACAUGGGCCGUUCUUACAGUGUUCUCCCUGUACACCAAGUCAGAACCGUAGGAUAAAUAAAGGGGGCAUAUAAGCAGACAAUGAAAGCUCUUAUAAUAUUCAAUGAUUACAUGUGCACCACCAAGUCAGAACAGUAGGCGAAAUUAUUAGGGUGAGGCACAUGGGCUACUAACAGCUUACUACACAAUAAACACUUAAUAUUACUUUCUUAGCUACAGUAUACAUACCUCCCUGGCAUAUUACAUAAUUUAUGCAGCAUACAAUGCAUUUUUGGACUCACCUUGUUGUGCUGUGCUCACUUGAACAGGAAGGUGGCGCGGCAGUCCUUCUUGGGCAAAUUUUGUCAUCAAAGUCUGGGAUUCUCUGGAUUUAUGGUGCUUUCAAGACAACUGGGAACUCUGAAAGGUCGAAUCACGAUGACGUCAGUGAUCUUCAGGUCGUAGCUCUAGAAAGAGGCCCGAGUUCUGGAUUUACAAUUCCGAGUUUGAUGACCGUUCAAAACGUAUUUUCCCAGUCGGAGCUAGUUUUUUCCCGAGUUCCCAGUUGUCUUGAACUAACCGAAGUCAGAUUUCGCUGUUCCGAGUUAACUGUUGUACUGAGUGCGGCACAAAUCAUGCUUAAUUGACAGCAUGGCCAAUGUUGAAUGUUUAUCAUUUUAAACUUGGAAAAGAGACCCUUAAUCCCAGAUUUGGGACCACACAUCCACUCUACUGAAUAGCAGGCUAGUGAUUACUUUGCAAUGCUUGCAGUUAGCCACUGAUUCCAACUUGUUGUGUAAUGUUUAUGUCCAAUGGCCGAUGAGCACCGAUACGUUUUAUCUAUAAUUUCUCUUCAUUAUUUCUCUUCAUAUGACAAGGAUUAAAAAUGAUUUGCCGGUAGAUUGUCGACUUGAUUCAUGAUGAUGACUGCUAGCUAAGAUUUUGAAAGUAUGAUGUUGACAUGAUCAAUCCAAUCAAAGCUACUGUAGAUACAGUGGGGGGAAAAAGUAUUUAGUCAGCCACCAAUUGUGCAAGUUCUCCCACUUAAAAAGAUGAGAGAGGCCUGUAAUUUUCAUCAUAGGUGCACGUCAACUAUGACAGACAAAAUGAGAAAAAGAAUUCCAGAAAAUCACAUUGUAAUUUAUUUGCAAAUUAUGGUGGAAAAUAAGUAUUUGGUCAAUAACAAAAGUUUCUCAAUACUUUGUUAUAUACCCUUUGUUGGCAAUGACACAGGUCAAACGUUUUCUGUAAGUCUUCACAAGGUUUUCACACACUGUUGCUGGUAUUUUGGCCCAUUCCUCCAUGCAGAUCUCCUCUAGAGCAGUGAUGUUUUGGGGCUGUCGCUGGGCAACACGGACUUUCAACUCCCUCCAAAGAUUUUCUAUGGGGUUGAGAUCUGGAGAUUGGCUAGGCCACUCCAGGACCUUGAAAUGCUUCUUACGAAGCCACUCCUUCGUUGCCCGGACGGUGUGUUUGGGAUCAUUGUCAUGCUGAAAGACCCAGCCACGUUUCAUCUUCAAUGCCCUUGCUGAUGGAAGGAGGUUUUCACUCAAAAUCUCACGAUACAUGGCCCCAUUCAUUCUUUCCUUUACACGGAUCAGUCGUCCUGGUCUCUUUGCAGAAAAACAGCCCCAAAGCAUGAUGUUUCCACCCCCAUGCUUCACAGUAGGUAUGGUGUUCUUUGGAUGCAACUCAGCAUUCUCUGUCCUCCAAACACGACGAGUUGAGUUUUUACCAAAAAGUUAUAUUUUGGUUUCAUCUGACCAUAUGACAUUCUCCCAAUCCUCUUCUGGAUCAUCCAAAUGCACUCUAGCCAACUUCAGACGGGCCUGGUCAUGUACUGGCUUAAGCAGGGGGACACGUCUGGCACUGCAGGAUUUGAGUCCCUGGCGGCGUAGUGUUUUACUGAUGGUAGGCUUUGUUACUUUGGUCCCAGCUCUCUGCAGGUCAUUCACUAGGUCCCCCCGUGUGGUUCUGGGAUUUUUGCUCACCAUUCUUGUGAUCAUUUUGACCCCACGGGGUGAGAUCUUGCGUGGAGCCCCAGAUCGAGGGAGAUUAUCAGUGGUCUUGUAUGUCUUCCAUUUCCUAAUAAUUGCUCCCACAGUUGAUUUCUUCAAACCAAGCUGCUUAUCUAUUGCAGAUUCAGUCUUCCCAGCCUGGUGCAGGUCUACAAUUUUGUUUCUGGUGUCCUUUGACAGCUCUUUGGUCUUGGCCAUAGUGGAGUUUGGAGUGUGACUGUUUGAGGUUGUGGACAGGUGUCUUUUAUACUGAUAACAAGUUCAAACAGGUGCCAUUAAUACAGGUAACGAGUGGAGGACAGAGGAGCCUCUUAAAGAAGAAGUUACAGGUCUGUGAGAGCCAGAAAUCUUGCUUGUUUGUAGGUGACCAAAUACUUAUUUUCCACCAUAAUUUGCAAAUAUAUUCAUUAAAAAUCCUACAAUGUGAUUUUCUGGAUUUUUUCUCCUCAUUUUCUCUGUCAUAGUUGACGUGUACCUAUGAUGAAAAUUACAGGCCUCUCUCAUCUUUUUAAGCGGCUUUGUUAACUCAAUGAUAUAUAUAUUUUUUUAUUACAUUGUUUGCAAACUGAUAUGUGACACGUAUUAAUGCCAAAAUAACAUGCAAAACAGGCAAGCCAAAAAAAUGUGAUGCUCAAAACAGGUGGUGCUCUGCCCCACAUGCCCUGAAUGACGGGUCGCCACUGGUUGUGUGUGUUUCCCAGUGAUCUCUGCCAUUGAUCAGUGGGACGGCACUGGGAAAAGCUUUCUCGUUCACCCCAGAUUAUGCCAAGACUGCAGCUGCCCAGUUUUUCAAACUGUUGAACCGAGUCCUCAAAACCAGCAUGAGUCACACAGACGGAGAGAAAUGGGUGAGAGAAACAUGUCUAAAUCUUUCCAUUACAAAUUCAAUUUAAUCAAUCAGACAUUUUCAGUAAAAUUUGAAAAUGAUUAUUAUUCACAUUGACAUGAAACACUUUGGUGUGUAAUAAUGCCAUGCCCUCUCUCCAGGAUGAUUUCAAAGGGGAGUUAGAAUUCAUCAACUGCAAGUUCACCUACCCAACCCGGACUGACAUCCAUGGAAUACUGGUGUUACAUGGACUACUGGUGUCUGUGAAGCCGGGCCAGACCCCGGCCUUUGUGGGCAGCAGUGGCUGUGGGAAGAGCACUAGUGUGCAGCUGUUGGAAAGGUUAUAUGAUACAGAUGAGGGCAGAGUGGUGAAUCCCCACACCAGACCCAACCUACAGUAUUUACAUUACCUUUACCUUAUAGUUCUGCCAUGUAGAUGGAAUCAGAGGGACAGUUCAUGAAGUGUGCACACAGUGCCUGUCAUAGUUUAUUUGUAUUAUUUGUAUUUACAAUAAACAUGUCCUUGUUCCCUUUUCAUUUUAGUUGAUUGAUGGCCGUCCAUCACACACUGUCAACGUGCCCUUCCUGAGGGCUCAGAUUGGCAUUGUCUCCCAAGAGCCAGUGCUGUUUGACUGCAGUAUUGCUGAAAACAUCCAGCAUGGUGAUAACACAAGGAACGUGAGCAUGUUGGCGAUUGUUGACACUGCCAAGAAAGCUUAUCUCCAUAACUUUGUAAUGACUCCACCAGAUGUGAGUAGUGUAACUGAAAUUGUACUAUCUUUGUAAUACUUCUAUCUCAUACUAUUCCACUUCACUAUAUACUGUGAAGAAUGUCAAAAGUAAAUAUUUGAUUGGGGUGGGAACAUGUUAUUAUCUUCUGAUACUGUGCUCUCAUUGUAUUGUAAGUACUGUACUGGACUCUGGCAGAAAUAUGAGACUCAGGUUGGUGCCUUGGGCUCCCAGCUCUCCAAAGGACAAAAAAAAAAACGCAUCGCCAUUGCUCGGGCAAUAGUCAGGAAUGCCAAGAUCCUGCUGGUGGAUGAGGCCACCUCUGCAUUGGACACAGAGAGUGAAAAGGUACUCAUAGACCAGCCUAAUGUAUAUUAUCACCUCUUGAUUAUUCCUUCUAUCAGGUAAUGACUCUAUCCACAGCUCAAUUAUGCAUUUGCUUAGAAACAAAAUAAAUAAAAAUCUUAGCAUGCCAUUUACUGUAUUACGUCAGAGACUAUAGAAUGGCCUUAUGAUAAUGACAAACAGACUCAACUCCACUUAUUUUGACAUUGUGUUGUCCCUCUGCAGACUGUGUGGGCUGCUUUGAAUGAGGCCAGACGUGGACGCACCUGCAUUGUCAUAGACUGUCCACCAUCUAGACAGCAGAUGUCAUGUCCCAAGGAGCUGUCAUAG